AUGAAUAAUCUACUUCCCCGCCUUGUUGCUCGCGAUGACAAUGACAACGAAGGCCUGUCCAAUGCAAUGAUUGACCUGUUGAUAUCCCUCCUGGUUCUUGUUCUGGUAGCCCUCGCCCUGGUCGGUGGUCUGCUGGUCCUCCGCCGCAAGCGUCAGACCCAGAAAGAAACCUUGCUCCCAGUUUAUAAUGGAGAAUCCCCGUCCAACAGACGUCGCCUUACCAUAUCCACCAAUAAAAAGGACUCCGUGCUUGUCUAUGACGAGAAACGCGGUCUUAUGGAGCACUCCGAUAGCCCUCCACCUAGUCCCGUGCCUGAGAUCCGCAUCACAUUCCCCGAGGAAGAAGAUGCGAGUGGAAAACGUACCUCUGGCCGCAUGGUCAUUGUUCGAAUUAGCGACGCCGGCAGCGUCGGCCUCGAACCUUGUCACGAGGAGCUUCCUCCUUACCAAACCACCGACACCGGUCGCUUCCAGUCCUUGGACAUUGAGCGGAUGGGUGGGCUGAAGGAGAAGGAGGAGCUCAAGACAUACUAUUAA